UACGUAAAAUUCCUCAAGGCACAUCCCUGCUAUGACGUCAUGCCCACGAGCACCAAAUUAGUCAUCCUUGACACCCAACUUAGCGUCAAGAAGGCAUUCCAUGCCUUGAACGACAACCGGAUUCACGCUGCUCCCUUGUGGGAUACUACAAAGCAGGAUUUCAUUGGAUUGCUGACCAUCACCCACUUCAUCCAAGUUCUGCUGAGGUGUUAUAAGGAUAACAUGAUCUUGGCUAAUCCACAGCAGCAGCAGCAACAGCAGCAGCUACAGCAGCAGCAACAGCAGCCAACGUUCAUGACGUAUUCAGAGCCGAAGGACUCGAUGUACGACGUUGUGAUGAGGCUGCUGAGUAACAAGAUACACAGAGUUCCCAUCGUGGAUACCCUGGCUGGGAAUAUCCUCUACAUGCUAACACUCAAGAGAAUUUUGAGAUAUCUGUAUCUCUUUUUCAGCCAUUACAACUUGCCUCAUCCUUCUUUCAUGAAACAAACCCUGGCCGAGACCAACAUUGGAACCUACCAGAAUCUUGCUAUGAUAAGAACGGGGUCAAAGUUGAUAGAGGCGUUAGAGAUGAUGAUGGAGAGGAGGGUGUCUGCCCUCCCUAUCGUUGAUGAGGGUAUGAAACUCGUCGGCAUGUUCAACAAGUCUCUCUUGAUGUGUUUGGAAUCGGAAGAGGCUUACGCAGACCUUGACAUACCAAUUGGACUGAUAUUCAAUGAGAAGGUGGGAAUCACUUUAGAGAUGACAAAGACAUGCAUGAAAUGUGAGAGAAUGGAUGUGAUCAUUGAGCGGAUGGUUAAAGGAGAGGUCCACAGGUUAGUUGUAGUAGAUGUGUUUGGUCGUGUGGAUGGAAUUCUGUCGUGUUCAGACGUCAUGAAG